GAGCCCCCACCACCACCCCCAGAUUCUUCUCUUCCCUUCUCUUCUCCCUCCCCCCGCUGCGCACCUACAGCCUCACAAACCACGCAACCCAAGCAAACCCACAAAAAACACGCGCACAAGGAGCCCCCCUUGUGUGGAUCCUUCUCAUCCAUAUAAUCCCCGCAGAUUCGCUUUGCUGGCUUGGCGGAGCCAGGAUCGUCUUCCGGCUGCCGAAUUCGUGCUCUGCUGCUUCGAUUUCCCCCCCGCGGCGCAGGGCGGGGCCGGGGCCCUGCCUCUAGCUUGGAUUAUUAGCGCGCGCUCCUGUUGCUUGGUGGGUUGUUGUGCUUGCUCGGAGCUUACGAGUUCGACGAAUUGGCAGUGGGAGGAGCGGAUUUGGGCGUUCAAUUUGUGUUCUGCUGGGUUCGCUGCCCCCAUUCGGCCGUUUUGUGAGCGAGAUUUUGGAUUUGAGCGGUUUUUUGAGCUGGUGGUUGUUAGUAAGAGGUUGGGGAAUCCGCGGCGACCAUGUCCGUGCCGACGAUGGCCGUCUACACCAGCCCGCCGGGGGGAUUGUACGCGUCGUCGGAGCUUGAGACGAGCUCCCGCGGCUCCGCGCCCUGCGCGACAGCGGCGCCCCCGUCGCCCGCCAGCUCCCACCGCCACUCCUCCUUCUCCGGCGGCCUCUCCUGCCUCUUCUCCUCCCCGACCGCCGCGCCUCGUUCGUCGGCGCUCGACGAGCUCGGCGCGCUCUGGCACGACAGAUCUGACGAGCCGGCCGUCGCCGGCCGGGGCGGCGGCUACUCAUGCCCCCAGCCGUCCUCGUCGCUCAAGUGGCGGGACCACCUCCACCACAGCCCCGUCUCGCUGUUCCACAGCCCGGCCUCCUCGCCAGCUUCCAGGAGCCCGUCGGCGUCUUGGCUCGCCAGCCGCGAGCGCGAGCGGCUCUUCUCCAGCUUCGUGCGCAACGCGCUUGGCUCCUGCGUCGACUACGCCCCGGUCACUUCCCCGGCGCUGGGCGUCACCGCUGCUGCUGGCGUCGACGCUGCUGAGCUUGCCUUCGAGCUCGACGAGAACCUGUCGGGGGCAGAGCCGUCAUGCGAACCUUACGCUAGAGACCUCCUCGCCGGCGCGCAGGCUCGCCACCGCAUCUUCCACGACGAGCUCGUUGUUAAGGCCUUCUUCGAGGCCGAGAAGGCUCACCGGGGCCAGACACGGGCGAGUGGUGAUCCUUACUUGCAGCAUUGCGUAGAGACUGCCGUGCUUCUGGCCAAAAUAGGUGCAAACGCAACCGUAGUCUCUGCCGGACUACUGCAUGACACAAUUGAUGAUUCUUUCAUGGACUACGAUCAUAUCUUCAGGAUGUUCGGCGCUGGCGUGGCUGAUCUUGUUGAAGGGGUCUCUAAAUUAAGCCACUUGAGCAAACUUGCUCGGGACAACAAUACUGCAAGCAGAACUGUUGAAGCAGAUCGAUUGCAUACAAUGUUUCUUGCAAUGGCUGAUGCACGAGCUGUUUUGAUAAAGCUAGCAGAUCGUCUGCACAACAUGAAGACGAUAGAAGCUUUGCCUUUCGUAAAACAACAAAGAUUUGCGAAAGAGACUAUGGAAAUAUUUGUGCCAUUGGCUAAUAGGUUAGGAAUUGCUAGCUGGAAAGAACAGCUGGAAAAUAUUUGCUUCAAGCACUUGAAUCCAGAGGAGCACAAAGAGCUUUCCUCGAAACUUGUGAUAUCUUUUGAUGAAGCACUUCUUACAUCAACUUUAGAUAAACUAGAUAAAGGUCUCAGAGAUGAAGGUAUUUCAUACCACAGUGUUUCUGGGAGGCACAAGAGUCUGUACAGUAUAUACUCCAAGAUGAUAAAGAAGAACUUAACAAUGGACGAUGUGCAUGACAUCCAUGGUCUGCGACUUGUGGUUGAGACAGAGAAAGAUUGCUAUCGAGCUCUUGACAUUGUUCAUAAACUGUGGCCUGGAGUAUCGGGAAGAUUCAAGGACUAUAUAUUGCAUCCAAAAGUGAAUGGAUAUCGGUCAUUGCACACCGUUAUCUUGUGUGAGGGUGUCCACCCAUUUGAAGUGCAGAUCCGCACCAAAGAAAUGCAUCUACAAGCAGAGUUUGGAUUUGCAGCACAUUGGAGAUAUAAAGAAGGUGGCUGCAGGCAUGCCUUUGUACUCCAAAUGGUGGAAUGGGCAAGAUGGGUGCUAACAUGGCAAUGUGAAGCAAUGAGCAAAGAGCGGCCCUCUGGUCUAGUCAGCUCUGAUUCCGUCAAGUCGUCAUGCCCUUUCCCCUUGCAUUCAGAGGAGUGCCCUUAUUCUUACACCCGCCAGUGCAACCAUGAUGGUCCCAUAUUUGUGAUCAUGCUCGAACACGAUAAGAUGUCGGUGCAAGAGCUCCCUGCAAACUCAACCAUAGUCAAUCUGAUGGAGCGAGUCAGCGCGAGUAGUCCAAGAUGGAGCCCUUACAGCUUCCCACUGAAAGAAGAGCUGCGGCCAAGGGUUAAUCACCAGCCCAUAAGUGAUCCUAACAGAACGCUGUGCAUGGGCGACGUGGUGGAGCUGACCCCUGCCCUCCCGCACAAGUCACUAACCGAGUACAGGGAAGAGAUCCAGCGCAUGUAUGAGCGAGGUGGGUUCGCCCUCGCCACCACCCGUGGCGCCCCUGCAAGCUGACAGUGCAGGGAAUACAAUGCUGAUUAACCUGUUGUUGUAAAUGUACACUGCCCUUGAUCUCCACUUGUAAAUAUGAACUAAUUCUCGCAGCAGAGAGAAAAUCCCAGUGAGCAUUCCCAACUGAACUGUCAAAGCUGUGCAACGUGUUCUUCUGGUCGAAAAGGCUGUUGUACAUGACACUUCACAAGUUGAUGAAAUUUGUUGAAGAUACUCAUGUUGAGAAAGCUGAGAGUAAUCUGAGUAUAUUUACAGUUCAUCA